GGCGGCGGCGUGGUGGCGCGGCAAGUAUCGUCUGUAAAUCCCUGUGAGCUUGCAGAAGCGGCACCAGGCCAAGCCUCAAGCCACCUGUCAAGGUUCAACACACUUCUGUACCACUAUGAUACGGGAGAAGAAAAACAGUUCGAGACGGAGCUUAUUGCUCGGCGUGUUUCUUCAACGGAGCUUCCCAGUGCUAGCACAACCGCACGCACACUUGCAUGGUAUCUGGAUCUUGCUUGUGGCGCUGGCUUUCCUUGCUAUUUUUUGCAUGAUCGCCUCACUUGCAGCAAGGCAGAGAAGAAAAAGGGGGGCCUGGCGGGCUUGUGGGCGGCGCAGACAGGCGGCUACAGCAUCUGGAUUCUGGUCGGGGCAUGGACAAACUGGGCAACUGGGGCACACAAAGGCUUCUCGGGACUGCUAUGCGAGACUUCGCAUGAGCAGGUUGUACAUGGGACCUUCUUGGCUCUCGCGUCCGUUUGCCUCCGUCGUAGGUCCCACGAUGUUAGGGUGACAUUCAAACUGGGCCUCCUUGUCUUUUUGAUUGUUGCCCAGCAAUCCACCCCGGUCCCGGCUGGUGGCAUCAAGUGGACGAGCAAGACACAAGGGCAGGCUCAUGAUCACCUUUUGAAGGUG